AUGUCGAAGGAGAAAUCUGAGCUGAAUGCAUACUGCCUGCAGGUUGUUGUGGGAUCGAUGUUUGUCGGUUACAACGCUCCUCGAGGGUAUUACGUCCUCAAGGUCUCUGUAAAGGAUCACAGGAAAAUCAAGUACGUGGCCGUCUCCUCCAUAAAGUCCUUUCUUCUUCCAACGCAGACCAAGGAUUGCCUCACCCGCUACAAGGUCACGACUCAGAUUAUUGGUAUAGAACAAAAUUGUUACCAUAGUGAGCCUUUUUACAUUCAUGAAGGCAACCAGACAAUACACUUCAACACAAUCCUAACCUUCACCGUCGGGUCUAAGAACAGACAAAUCUCAUGUGCUGUCAUAUCCUUUAAGCUAUACUACGUACCAUUUCCCAAGGAGUUCGAUAGUGUCGAAAAAAUAAUUAAUGCCGAUGAGAGCCAGUACAUCAAAGCGUUUGACCAGUCGUUGUUCGAAAAUCCUAAGCUCAGCACGGUGAUGAAGAGGAGAUGCUACCUGGAUAAUUUCUGUGUUCCAUUUGCUGGCUACCACAUUGAGACUUUUAACGUGACGGAUAAUUUCAAGCUAGAGUGCUUUGUGAGCAAUUUCCUAACGUCAGAGAAGACAAAGCUCAUGAUCUAUGACAUGAAUGGGGUUGUCUCAGAGUCGACAGAUCUCUCAGACAACUUGGAGGAUCCUCGGAGGGUUCUUUCCGGGAAAGACGAGGAGGAAGAGGAUGAUGCUGGAAAGAAACGUGACACAGGAAAGGGUGGCUCAGAAAGACAACUCAAGAAGUUCUUGAAUAAGUCCAGGGUCGAGUCCACGGACAUCAGUCAGCGAUACAACUCUCUGAAGACGAUCCUCUAUGAUGUCUGCGGUUGUACGGUUGAGAAGGACCCGAUCCUCAAUUCUGUAGUAGUUUCUAUCGACAACGUGGCGGUAACCCCCCUCAACAUAGCAUUUGUUCUCAAAGCAGCACGAUCUGUGUACCUUAAGAUGCUCCCAAGCUUUCGUGCGCAGUUCUAUGGCUACCUGACUCAUCAGGAUCUCAAGGCAAUGUUUCAAGCGCCCGACGCCCACAAUGACUCCUACUACACAGAGCUGGCUUGCCAAUAUCGCAAGGCGAUUAGGGCACUCUAUAGUCCUCAGACGUCCAUGAUCACUUCACGCGUUGAGGAUGCGGUUGAGGACAGUGACAGAUCAGAACAGUCAAGCAGAGCAAGCAGUAGGUCGGCAAGUGUGAGUGCUAGUUCUGGGGCCGUUAACCCCUCAUAUGGGAACAUUCCAUACAAACCUACGGUGUCCACUUCUUCUGCUAUGCCAACGAAGUCAGAACUUCUAGACAUCAUAAUGCAAAACAGGAAGCUCUACCCGUAUGUGCGUCCAGAAAAAUAUGUCAUUGAAGCACCCAUUGUUUUCGUACGCUCAUAUACUCAGGGGUCGGCGCCCACUGAUGAUAAGCUGACUGUUGCAUCAUUAGAGCCACCAGUUGCCAACAAUGUGUACUACGCCGUAUCUUCUAAUGUAAAGAGUGCUCGCAAGCUUCUUAGCGCCGAUUUAGAUAAGAUUAACGUUUACAUAUAUCUACACGGGCUCCAAGCACAGCAUCUAGAUAUGCUGGCCAUAAGCGAAUGCCUGGCUACUUUCAGAAAGGGAAAGUCUCUUGAUAUCCUCUGUGAGAGCUAUGCAGACAGCUCUGCUGCACCUUCAAAGGAGAACGCUAGCAAAAUAUACAAUGAGAUCUUCUCCAAGCUUUCAUCUCGCAAUGUAAAACUGGACUCCCUGCAGAGCAUAAACUUUAUAGGCCAUAGCCUGGGCGGGUUGCUCUGUCUCAAGGUUGCAUCCAUGCUACCGCCAGAUCAGCAAGAAAAGCUGGGAUUUCUUCUGACGAUCAAUGCACCUAUUACAGGGACAACAUUUAAGAGCAAUCUUGUGAGUAUGGCUGUCCCGUUCAUUACCGGAAAGAUGCCCGUUAUCAAGGAGAUGAAGGACUGCUCCAGCGAUGGGAUCAUCUACACUGCAGCGACUCAGUUCCCCGGCUUCAAGCAGGUUUACUUUGUUGGUACGUGUGGAGACGGUUUUGUGCCCUUUCGGUGUGCAACUGGAAUGGGAAUAACAGAAGAUCAGGUGCUGAUCAGCAGCCUUUUGGCCAAGAAUAUAAAGAGUUCAGUCGUUAAGCAGGCAAUCGUCUGUUUUGACGCCGGAGAGCUGAAGGAAAAUGGGAGUGGCUUGAACAACAUCAUCGGAAGGACGGCCCAUUUACGUCUACUGGAAGAUAGACAGGCUUUUCGUAUGGUACUAGAGGCUCUAGGUUUUUAA